AUGUCAGCACCUAUUAAUAUAGACAUACCGAAAUUAAUACUAGAUAAUGGAGGAGGGUUAAUAAAAGGUGGGAUACUUCCAAGUUAUUCGCAAAUGGAUGAUACGUUGUUUGAAAACAUAGAACCAAAAUUCAUUGUACCUAACUGUGUAGGCCAAAUAAGAAAAAAAAAUAUUUUUCAUAUAAGUGAUAGCUGCUAUAGUAUAUGUGAAUACUUUUGUCAUAGACCUCACGUGGACGGAUUAUUAUUAGAUUUAGAAAUGCAAACAAAAAUAUGGGAAAAAAUAUUUGGAUGUAAACAAACAGUUGGGAAUAAAAUAAAUGAUAUGGCUAUUUGUGUUACCGAAUCUUACUUAACACCUGCAUAUAUAAGACAAGGUGUUAUUGAAUUGUUGUUCGAAUAUUUUAAUUUUGAACAAAUAGUUAUUGUCUCUUCUCAAACAAUGUUGCCAUUCUCAUUUAUAGGUUUAAAUUUAGGGCAAUAUGACAUAUUGAAUCCUCCUGUUUUUAAUAAAAACUCGUUUAUAAUAAAAAAAGGUUAUGUGUCAAAAAAGAAAAGAAAGGGGGAAAAGAGUAGAGUGAAUUUAAAAAAACAGAGUAAUUCGAAAAAUAGUAUAAAGGAGAGCAUUACUUAUAGUAAUUCAAUAAAAAGUAUGAAAGAAAAAUCUCUAGAUGAAGUUAAUGAAGAAGAACUUAGUGAUAUGAAUAAAAAAUUACAAAAUGUUAGUGAAAAUGAAAAUUUUUACGAGAGAGAUAAGUCAAUAAAAAAUACGGAGGAAGAAUACGAUGAAACUAAUAUAUUAACAAAUAAGCAUAUUUUCAUAAAAAAUAUAGAAUGCUAUAAUAAAUAUACCUAUAAAAUUUAUAUGAAUAAAAUGUAUCACGGAGAAAAUUGGCAAGAAUACUAUUUUAAUACCUUUUUUAACCUGAAUUAUGAUAACAAUAAUUUAUGUAAAGAUUUAGAUAACCCAGGAAAUGAUUAUUUCUUUAAUAGUAAUAAUAUUGUAAGUACGCUUUAUGAUAAUAAUUAUAUAGGAAAUAAUUUUUUAAAUCAAGACCCGAAUUUUUUAUUACCAGAUAAAAUUGAUUUAUGUAAAAGUUAUUAUGAUAAAAAUUUUAAAGAUAUAAAUGCAUUUAGAGAAAAUUAUAAUAGUAGUUAUAUAAAUAAUUUUUAUAGUAAUAUUAUAAAUGGUAAUUACAAUUUGUCUUUACGAAAUCCGUGUGCUUUAUAUAUUGAUGUUGGCUAUUCUCAUACAUAUAUAUUGCCCUAUAUUGAAUAUAAACUUAUUGAGUAUGCUAUUUUAAGAACAAAAGUUUCUGCUUCCAUAUUAAAUACAUAUUUAAAAAAUAUGCUUUCUUAUAAACACGUUAACUUAGAACAUAAUGAAUUAUUAGUAGAAAAUAUUAAAGAGAGAGCAUGCUAUGUGUCAUUAGAUUAUGUAAAGGAUUUAGAAAAUGAGAAGAAACGAUUGGAAGAAAUAAAAAAACAAAAAAUCAAAGAUAAACUGAAUAUGAGAAGUGAAAUAUUAAUGAGAGAAUUAGAUGAAGAAAGAAAUAGUAAUUUAAAAAAUAUAAAUGAAUUAGGAAAAAAGAAAGAAAAAUUUAUCGAUUUAAAUGAAAAUAAUUAUAAUAGUAAUGAUUUUAAAAAAGAAGAGAACACGAAUUAUAUCAAAAAGAAUAACAGUAGUUUAAUAAAUUAUGAAAGUGAAAAUUAUAAUACAAUAAAUAAUAAAAGUUAUAACAUUUCUGAAAAUAUGCUAAAGAAAAAUAAUAAAAGAAAUGAUGAUUUAAUGGAUAAUAAUGAUAACACAUAUGAAAAUUGUUUCAACUUAAAUAAUAAUUAUAAUCAGUUUAUUAACUAUGACAGCAAUGGAAAGUUAAGAGAUGAGCAAAAAAGAAAAUGUGUGGAUAUAUAUGGCUUAAAAAAUGAAAAUAAAACAAUAUUUGAUAAAAAUGAAGCUAAUGGAAAAAAUGAAAAGGAAAAACAAAAGAAAAUAAAAAAAAAUAAAAAAGUAGAACCCCAUUUAUCUUAUAAAUAUAAAUUAAUUGAUUAUAAUAAUGCAACAAAGCAUGAAAUAAAUGAAGUAUUUGAUACGCUGAAAAAAGAUUGUUCUAAUGAUUGUAUUCAUUUAGAAUCCGAUUAUGAUUAUAAGCAAGAAUUUUCUAAUUUUAAAGAUGACGAUUCUUUUAUAAGUGAAUUAAAUGUAAAAGGUUCUAAAAAAAAGGAGGAUAUCAUUAAUUUAACAAACGAAAGAAUAAGCAUACCAGAGGUUUUAUUUAAUCCUCAAGAUAUUAAUUUGGAACAUUGUAGCAUUGUUGAAUUAAUAUAUAGAUGUAUAUCAUUGUUACCAAAGGAAAUUCAAAAGUAUUUUGUUUCACAAAUUUAUAUAUCUGGUGGAUCCACAAAAUUUAAAAAUUUUAAGCAUAGAUUAUAUAAAGAAUUAAGGGCCAUUUUCCCUACUGAAUGGGAAAUUAAUAUUUAUUCUCAUAAGAAUAGUUUAUAUAGUAAUUAUAUAGGGACUUAUGUAUGGUUAAGUGAUCAAAAUAUAUAUAACUACAAUGUUAUUACAAAAGAACAAUAUUUUAAUCAUGGAAAGAAAACCUAA